CUCAGACGACUCUGUCUUUGUCUCUCUUUUUCUCUCCAUCGAAAAAAAAUGGAACCAAUCCCACCACCACCACCACCACCAGUCAUAGCCAGGAAACUGGGCAAUGUGGUCCGUCUGAUUUUCUUCAUGUUUCAAAAGGGCAUUUCGAAGAAAAAACUGAUGCCGGAUCUCAACCUUAUGAUGGAACGUGGGAAGAUCAUAGGUAAGUCAUUCAACGACCUCAUGAUCCGCCACAACACCGCAUUGGGCUGCAGCUCACAUGACGUGCAGAUGUCGUACGUGUCUCCGAGGGAGUACGAGUUCAGCUGCAGCAACAGCACAGACCACCCACCGUAUAUCCCUUUCCUCGUCAACAAGCGCAAAAGCCGUUAUCUCGGCACCAGCCGUUACAAACGACAUGUCGCACAAUACCACGUCCCUCACUGCCACUGGCAACCUACGUUAGAGUUAGAGGAUGACACCGUGGCAGUUAACUCCGUUGAGGUGCUUCGUGGCCUAAAUAGUAGUAGUACUAGUAGUAGUCGUCGUCAUGAGGCGGCAGAUGCAUCACCGUCACGGCGGGUUAGGAAAACGGAAUCACCGUUGUCGUUAAGACAUGCUGACGAGGACAGCUACGUGGACAAGGCGGCUGAGGAAUUCAUCGAGAGAUUUUAUAGGGAGUUGAUGUUGCAGAAGCGGAUGGCGGCGCGUGAGACGGCGGAUUGGUAUGGGUAAAAGUGGCGAUUUGGCCCAUGGGCUGGUUGGGGCCGUCGAUGGUUUUGGGGAUGCCCAAAACCACUCUUCGAGUGUAUGGAAUUUUCUUUGUUUUUCACACCCCCCCCCCCC